CGAAUGAUAUUGCAACUAGCCGUUACUCUGAAAGGACCCUGGGUGCGUUCGCGUUUCUGAAAUAGGUUGUGACCUGCGCAGCGUUAAGAAACAUGUAACAAUUUAAAUUCUCGUAUGGAUUAUACGGUUUUAUAACAGUUGAGUUCUAGCCCGAAAAUAUUACUAAACAGCGUGAAAACGCCAGGUACACACAUUUAACAUUCACAACCUGAACUCAGUGCAUCCUGUACUGCGCACAGCAUCGGCGCUGCUUGUUGCUCUCAGCGGCAUCUGGAACAGACCCGGUGUCGCACCCGCGAUCACAUGACAGUGGAAAACAAACCUGCCGCGCCUCGUUACCAAAACGACGGUUACAGCGAUGAAGAGUGCAAAGGAUCUAAAACUGUGCUAAAGUGUUGGUCUUUGUUACUUUUAUUUCAGAAGUAAUGUUGUGGUUCUACAAUUUUGUGCACUAGUACACGGACUUAGUAUAAUGCAAAGUAACUUCAGAAAGCCAGAUUCAGUAAGACCACGAAUGAGCAGUGUCAGCUCUGGUGAUGAAACAAAACAAAUCCGCAAAGUUCAUACCAGAAAGCUUCCGUACAGAGUUGGAUACACGUGGAACAAAGGUGGAAGACUCAAGGAGCUGAGAAUAAGGCAUUUGGCAAGAAAGUUCCUGAAGAUAUGGAUGCAGAAUACCUUUGGUCGAAUACUUCCUCAUAAAGCCAAGGCCCACUAUAAGAACGUGGUCUUAAGACGAACCUUUGAAGGAUGGAAGGACGAGUGGUGGACGUCUAGGAGGGAGUGGAGUCUUACAAUGCGGGCAGAGUGUCACUACAGGUACUCUCUAUAUUACUUGGCUUUCCACAACUGGCGAGCAUUUAUGUUAUUGCAGAGGAAAAAGAAGCUCAAGCUCCAAAAUGCUCAAUCCUUUGCUGACAGGCAACGGCUGCGUCUGGUUUGGGACAGAUGGGAGAUUUUCACAGAGAUGAGGCAAAUGAAGAACAGAAUGCUUGAAUCUGCCCUGGAGCUGAACAGAUUUGCAACCCUGCGUUCAGCCUGGAGCUUGUGGCGGACCAGGAUGCAGCAGCAUCAAAACCUACAUGCUUUAGAGGACCAGGCAAUGAAACAGAGGGCACUAACUUUACAGAGCCGGUCCUGGCUUCAGUGGAAAGAAAUGCACACAGUUGCUUGCUGCCAGAAAGAGAAAGAAUCCAAAGCUGCACUUCACUUCAUCUUCAAACUGAAAAUAAAAACACUACAUCGCUGGAAACGUUAUGUUUCUUGUCUCCAAAAGAAGAAAAAGAAACAAGCUGUGGCUCAGCAUGUGUACCAUCUCUGCCUAGCGAGGAUGUGCUGGAGUAAAUGGAGCAGUGCCUUGCAUCACAGACGGAGUGAGGAGGACCGUUUGCAAGCUGCAGGGCAUUUGGCCAUACAGAGCAUCCAGCGCAGAGGACUCGAGGGCUGGAGAGCUUAUGUGACGUUGUGCAGAGAGGAGCAUGAACAAAAUAGGAUUGCAAGUCAACAUCACCAUCAUCAUCUACAGCAUGCUGGAUUGCGUGGACUUUCUCUUAAUGUCAUGCGGAACAAAACCUGCCGACUGAACAACAACAUGGCUGUCCAACAUUAUCGUCAAUCUAUGACAAGUAAGUAUUGGAAGCUGUGGCAGGACGGUCUGGAGGAGGCUGAAGACAAGAGUUUUCAAACUCUGACAGAAAAGGCACUGACUCACUGCAGCACAUCCGUGUUGAGAAGCUGUUUUCACCACUGGAGAGAGAAACUUGCUGAACACAGACACAUUCAGGAAUUGGAACAUCGUGCAGACGUUUGGUUUGCUCAGUGCAUGUUGCCUCGAUGUUUCAACUCAUGGGUGGAGUUCACUGUGCAGAGAAGACUCCAUGAACAGAAGAGACACGAAGCAGAAGUCUAUAAUCGGCAGCGUCAGUACUCUUGGGUGUUUUACACCUGGUGGGGACAGUCAGAGAAGCACAAGGAGCAGAUGCUCUCUGAGCGGAUGGCAAUUCUGCACGAGGAGCGGUGCCACUUGCAGAGAGCCUGGGAUUGCUGGAGGCGGCGCACAGAGCAGCGGAUCGACGAGAAGGAGAAACAAACAGCGUCAGACAGUCUGUACCUGCACAGACUGCUCCACAAAAUGAUGACGCAGUGGAAGGACAACAGCACUGAGAUUCGAGACAGGAGAAAUCGAGAACAGCAGGCUUGUCAUCAGGGUGACCUGUGCUGCAUGCGAUGGGCUGUGGAAAAAUGGAAACAGUUUGUUCAGAGCCAGCGAGUGAAGAAAAGCAGGCUGCAGCAGAUGCAGUGUUACCAUGAAGUUAAACUUCUCAAACACACAUAUAUGGCCUGGAAGAAGCAUCACCUACAAAUGCGUCAGAUCUACAGUCACGUAGAGGAGCUUCACAGACAGCAGGAACAGAACUUUCUCAGGAAGGUUCUGUCUGUAUGGAGGGAGAACACAGUGCUGCUGACAGAGGUCAGGUUGAUGGAAAAACGAGCACAGAAUCAUUUUCAACAUUUCCUUCAACUUAAGGUGUUUUUUGCUUGGCGAGAAGUAACAAUACGUGCAGUGUCAGUGGGCCACCAGCAGAGGGAAGCAGUCAUCAGGGCUCAGAGGUCCAUGAAUCACACGCGACUGCUGCGAUCUUUCAGACGGUGGAGGAAGCAAACCAGGGAGGCUCGGAGAGAGAGGAUAUGCAUGGAAAAAGCCAGGCGGCACCGUGAGUCCAAACUUCUUUAUAAGGCACUGAAGUCUUGGAAUGAGCAUCACAGCCAGCAUCAGAGAAAUAAGGUAAUGAAACGACAGGCAAUCUUUUUGCUGAGGUUAAAGAUGUACCAAACAUACUUUGAGCAGUGGAAAGUAAAGCUGCAGCACAGACGAAGAGAAGCUGAGCUGACGGAGCGAGCGCUCUGGCACUGGUCCCUCACUCUUCAGGCCAAGGUGUUGUAUGGAUGGAGGCUUUGGGUCACAGAGCAGCGCAGGAAACAAGAGCAGGCGGCCCGAGCUGCACAGGUCUACAGAGACCAGCUGCUGAGGGAGGGUGUGACGUGCAUCCUCACCUACGCUGCUCACAUGAACGACCUGACAACGAGCCUAACGCAACACAACCACGAGCAGAGGUCGCGACAUCUCCAGAGAGUGGUUAAGCGUUGCGCCAUGCGAUGGAAGCAGCGGGCACUGUGUAAACCACGAAAGGAACAAGAGGUCAAAGGGCAACUGCCAAAAAAGACUGUGACCUUCUGUUUGACUACACCUGGACUGAAGAGUGUUUCUGUGUCUGACUCAGUGGAGCAGAACGAUGAAGUUGAAGAGCUUGCCAAGCUACUGCUCAACCGCAAGCAUCGGCAUCAGCCACGUCGCCAUGGGGAACUGUUAGACUCUCCGUUGAAACCAGACACCGAAAAACAACCGUCUGUCACUGGCACUGAAGCAGCUCCAAAACCCUCGCAGCUCAGCCAUCAUACAUCGUUGUCCUGCCUUCAUCCUGCUAAAGUUCCUGUUGUCUCCACACAUCAGAGCAACAUCAUAUCCAAUAUGUCAACCUCUGAACCUCACAUGUCCACUAUGGAUCCUGUUCAGGAGACCCAAGACGUUCUUCUACCACCCUCUGCUUUCAUGACCACCGCGACACCAGAUACGCUGGCGAAGACCAGCAGCUCAGGGUUUGGAGAUGAUCCUCACCUUAAGCAACACUCAUCAGCUUAUCCAGUUGUCGGUCUGAGACCAUCCGAUGGACAAACUGCAGCAAUGAAUCCAACUUCAGCUCUGAUCAAUGAGUUGCUCAGCAUCCAGCAGGACAUGAAGACAUACAAACAGCACAAGAAGCAGCUCCGGGCUUGGCAAAAACUGAAAGAGGUGUUGCAAAGCUGGCUACAGACCAGCGGAAAGGACGAACAAACGGAAAAAGAUGCUGUUUGUCAAGAGAUUAAAGAGUUGGAGGAGCACAUCGACAGACUGUCCACCGAGCUGGCAAAACGAAAACCGGUGAUGCUGCUACACGUGGAGAGGAUCCAGCAUUUACAGACCGUCCUCACAGAUCACUCUGUGUUUACAUUACAGCAAAUGGUGCUCACACCCUCCCAAAGCUGAUCAGCUGAGCUGUUGUUUAUCUGCUUGGAUCACAUAGUAACAUGAAAACUGAUGUGAAGAUUGAAUUAAAAAAACUGUUCGCCAGCUGAUAGGCUGAACAUUUACACCUCUUAUGCGCUCAUUUUGGAAGGACAAAAUGUCCACGGAUUGCUAUUUUUAUUAUGCUUGUCAGAUGUCAUGCAGACCGUCUUUAACUUUGAAAUUGCCUGAGCAUAUCUGAAAAACAUUAAAGCCAAGUUCCUUACAGCAACUUUCAGUACUACAUCCAUGGUUAAAAUCUACAAAAACUUUGCCUAGGGGUCGUCCUUGUGACAGAUGGUGCUAAAUAUUUUCCAUAUGUGUGAAAAAAAAGUGACUUUACUGUUUUCAGAGGAGCUGCCUUGCGCAAUGAGUUUUCUGUUUAUCCGUUAGUACCAGUUCCUCUAAUACUGUGGAAAAUCUAUGCUGGAGUAUCCAGGAUUUGAGACAGAAGCAGAAAGUACAGCUGUGUGCUCUGCAGACUACAUAAGAUAAAUUAGGAGCUACAACAGGGCAGAAUGAGAGGACUUAAUGCUAUUUUACUCUUUUUCAUCUUUGUCUGCUGCAUCAGGGGUAAGUUUUGUUCCUGAAGUAGUUUAUGCACUUGAAUUGUUAACUUAUUUUAUGUUUAUAUUCAAUUUCAUUAUGUUGUUGAAAGUCUUUUUAUUCUUCUGUAGGAGUUUGUGUUUGGCUUUGAUUGUUUCCCUGUUUUUGUGGACAUCAUUAAAACUGAUUUAAACAUUGUA